AUGGAUAUUUUAACAGUUUUGUUGUACACAACAGUGGUGACAUUAUCACUGUAUUUAUGUUUAAAAUGGAACUAUUCAUAUUGGUCAAGAAUAGGACUGGAAUAUCUCAAACCAUUAUACUUCUUUGGAAACACGAUUAGUUUGUUGCACGGAGUGUCAAUGGGUGACACGUUCAAGAAUAUUUACAAUGACAUGAAGGCCAAAGGUUUCAAACAUGGAGGACUUUUUUUCUUUUUUCUUCCGCUUUAUAUGCCUGUAGAUUUGGACAUCGUGAAGAACGUUUUGCAGAAUAAUUUUGAACAUUUCAUGAACCAUGGUAUAUACCACGACGAAGAACGUGAACCAAUCACAGCACAUUUGUUUAGUUUGGAGAAUGAUAGAUGGAGAAUGUUAAGAAAGAAGUUAUCACAAACUUUCACUUCCGGUAAAAUUAAGAUGAUGUACCCCACACUAUUUUCAUGUUCUGCUGGAAUUAAAGAUAGAUUGCAGAAGCAUGCCGAACUUCAAGACGCCGUGGACAUUAAGGAUCUGUUUAUGCGUUUCACCAUUGACGUCAUUAGCUCGGUUGCCUUUGGCCUUAACUCCAACUCAUUAGAAGAAAACGAAUCAGAAAUUAUAGACAUAGCAUACAAAAUGUUUGAUGCUGUCUCUCCCAGGGAACGUUUAAAGGAGGCAGCGAUAUUCUUGUUUCCCAAACGGUUUUUGAAAGCUAUUAACUUUAAAUUCAUGAAUGCUAACAUAGAGAACUUUUUCUACGGUAUGGUGGGUGGUACUGUAAAAUACAGAGAAGCCAAUAAUAUAUAUAGAAAAGAUUUUAUGCAUUUGUUACUACAACUUAAAAACAGGGGUAAACUAUCGGAUGAUAAACGAAUUAUCAGCGAAGAGGGGGAACAGAUUGGAGAAGAUUUUAUUAGUUUUAACGAGUUGGUGGCUCAAUGUUUUGUCUUUUUUACUGCCGGGUUUGAAACUUCUGCUACAACGUUAUCUUUUGCAAUGUUAGAGUUAGCUUUAAAUCCAGAUAUUCAGGAAAAGCUAAGAGAGGAAAUUAUUACAGUUUUGGAAGAUCAUGAUGGAGAACUAAGUUACGAAGCAGUGAUGAAAAUGGAAUAUGCGGAAAAAGUAAUAUUUGAAACUCUUCGAAAGCAUCCACCUGGACCUGUUAUACCUAGGAUUUGUACAAAGGACUAUAAUGUGCCAAACACAAAUAUUACCAUAACAAAAGGCACGCGAGUUGUUAUUCCAGGUUUAGCUAUCCACAAUGAUCCCGAUAUUUAUCCUGAGCCAGAAAAGUUUGACCCUGAAAGGUUUAGUGAAGAAAAUAGAGCAAAAAGACAUCCUUGCGCAUUUUUGGCAUUCGGAGAAGGUCCCAGAUAUUGUAUAGGUUCCAGAUUUGGUAUAUUAGAAUGCAAAGUAGCGCUAUCAAUAAUUUUAAGCAACUUCAGAAUAGGACUUCAUCAAAAGACCAGACUUCCAAUUAAAUACGCCUAUACGAAUGCUUUUAUUUUGGGCGUUAAAGGAGGAAUUUGGAUAACAGUAUCUAAACUAAAUGAAUGA